GCCCCCUCCUGUCGGGAACACCCUGGCUGUGGAUUUGCGCCUUCAGACGGUGCCGAGGCGCACCGACACACUCACGUACGGUCCCCGGACUCUCCCGCCUGCCGUGCUGCCCUGCCGGCUCCCCGCCGCUGUCCGCAGCCUCCAGGUUUCCUGAGAGUGGCCACCUCUUGUCAGCAUCCCAACGAAACAGAAAAUUAACGGAAGAAACACUGGAGGGAAGUUCAGACUAUGCCAGCGCUAAAAGAGCAACAACUCAAUCAUUAGCACAACGUUACAGAAAGAGGAGCACUUUGCAACACAAUGUAGUUUUUUCUGACUUCCUAAAUGCAACAUCUUUGCUUGGCUGAAUUCAUUGGACCAGUGUAGACUGAAGCAUCAAUGGAGCAAGUCACGGACGAUCUGAACCUCUCCUUUCUGCUGGAACAUGAAAGAGACAUGAUUCUGAAGGUGCUGCAGAAAGACGAGAAACUGAGGAAACGAGAGGAGAAGAGGAUACGGAAGCUGAAGAACGAGCUGCUGGAGAUCAAACGAAAAGGUUCCCGUCGCCCUCAAGAUGUGUCUGAGCGACAGUGCGCUCGCUGCAUGAAGACUUUGGGCCUGAUCUUCGACCGCGGAGAUCUCUGUGAGGAGUGUCAGCUGCGCGUCUGCAAUGACUGCCGCGUCAAACAUCCCAACUCGCGCCAGUGGAAGUGUAACGUUUGUGCCAAGAUCUCGGAGCUGAAGGUUGUAACUGGAGAAUGGUUCCUAGAGGAGCGGUCCAAGCGCUUUGAGCAGGGAGUGCCGAGCAGUGACGUGAUCAAACAGACAAUCAUGAGUAGCCCUACCACCACAGACAAAAAGUCAGCAGAAAAUGUUCCAGCCCCUCCUGAGCCAGAGAGAACCAACACCCCAAAACCCAACCGAAGUGCAAUAAGCAACGUUAUAGACGGUGCCAGGAGGAAAGGGAGGAUGAAGAUGGAUAAAAAAGGUAGCCAACCAACCUUGAAGCCAGAGAACGGAGUGGACGGCACGAGUGACAAAACAGUUCCAGAUGCAGAUGCUCAAAGUGUACGAAGUGUUCGCUCUGCUCCGAGUCCACGUUCAAACAGGGGCGGAGCUGUUGCCUUGGAGUCCUCAGGGAAGCCCACGGUCCCCAACAACCUGCGUUCCCAAACUCUGGAAAGACCCUCAGCUCUUAGCGACAACCGGAGGGUCAGGCCUGACGGAGCCGAGAGCGUUGCCAAUUUACACUCCAGCGACAAUGCGUCUGAGAAGAAAACGGCCGGCCAUCACAGGUCGGAUUCGGGCACCCCGACCAUUUCCGUGUCCAGGGCCUCUGUGUCAUCAGAUCACAGUCGCUCAGAGAUGGACCUGUCAGCGCCUGGUUCUGAACCCAGUGACGAUGCCCUCAGUCUCAGAAGCCGGUCGGUCCCCGGGCUCAAUGAAACAGAGUUUUCUGAUGAGGAUGCGGAGGAAGACAUCGAUGCCCUGAUGUCGGCCCACAGCAAGACUCCCAGCCGACGCCUCAGCAAUGCAGUGUCUACGUCCUCCACUCCCGGCUCAGAGAGGCGGUGGGGGUACCUCAAUGUCCCUGACUCGGAUGCUGAGACUAGUAGUAUAAACAGCAUGAUGAGUAUGUACAGUGAGACUGGUGACUAUGGCAACGCCAGGGUGAGCGGCGAGAUCCUGUUGAACAUCAGCUACAGCUACAAAACUGGUGCUCUCAAUGUCCUGGUGAAAGAGUGUCACAACCUGGCAACAGGAGAUGAGAGGAAGCAACGCACGGACGCUUAUGUGAAGACUUACUUGCUGCCAGAUACAUCCCGACAGAGCAAGAGGAAGACGAGCAUCAAGGCCAACACCAUUAACCCUGUUUUCAACGAGAAUCUGAGGUACGUAAUCAGCCACUCGCAGCUGGAGACACGAACCCUGCAGGUCUCUGUGUGGCAUCAUGACCGGUUUGGACACAACAGCUUCCUGGGAGAGGUGGAGCUGACCUUUGACUCAUGGGAGUUUGAUUCCCAAAUAGAGGAGUGGUACGCUCUGCUGCCUAAGGUGGAGGGCAGUAUAGACUCCACAAUGCAGUAUAAAGGAGAACUGACUGUCGUGUUGAAGUACAUACCUGCAGAGAAGAACCUCUCGCUGCCUCUGGAUCAAGUACAAGUGAAGAAAGGGUUCCUGAAAGGCAAGAAGACGAGCAGCUUCACUCUGCCUAAAGGGGGCAUGGUUGAGCUGCUAGUCAAAGGAGCCAAAAAUCUAACUGCAGUCAAGUCUGGAGGCACUUCUGAUCCUUUUGUGAAAGGAUACCUCCUCCCUGACACCAACAAAUCAACCAAGCACAAGACGGUGGUGGAGCGACGCAGUGUGAACCCACAGUGGAACCACACCUUCACCUACUGCGGCCUGCAGCCCGGAGACCUCAACAACGUCUGCCUGGAGCUCACUGUGUGGGACAAAGAAGCCCUGGCCAGCAAUGUCUUCCUGGGAGGAGUCAGGCUCGGAGCUGGCACAGGCAAAAGCUAUGGGAAUGAGGUAGACUGGAUGGACUCAUAUGGGGAGGAACAGCGGCUGUGGCAACGCAUGAUUGAAAACCCAGAAGUCCCCCAUGAGUGUACUCUGAUGCUGCGAUCCAGCAUGCGCAGGUCCAACUCAUGAGCCCGGGCUGAAACACAGAGAGGAUAAAAGAGAGCAACAGAGGGAGAGGAAAAAGAGGAAGACGUGAUAUGAAGGCAUGAGGAGAGAGCAGGAGAAUGGGAACGGUCAACAAAGGGAACAGAGACUGUCCCUCUCCCUGCGUCUUUCCCCCCUGUGAUGCCCUGUUCAGAUCCGUUCUCCUGUCCAGAACAGCCAGUCAUGCCUUACACACUCAUCCACAUGUGCCCCUCCAACCCUCCACCUGCCCUCCAAAGCAUCUAGUCUUGACCAAGCACUGCUGUUUACUGCUGUAUAUGAAAAACAUGUGUUGUAUGUAACUUACUGUCCUUAUCGAAUAAGCACACUGUGUGACUCCCGACGUGUCCAUCCUCGUCUCUGUGAUUGAGGUACCAGAGUCGUAUCUGCAUGUAGUUACAGCUGACGGAGACCAUUUGUAAGGCAUUAGAUGAAGCACCGAUCAAUAAUGUAGAGACUUAGACAUUCCCCCGUAUAAGCAGGCUGCAUCCUGGUCUGAAGCACAUGAUGAUAUUGAGAUUUAUCCCCUUAGAAAACUGUUGUGUGCAGAGGUAGAAAGUGACUUCUUCUUGUAAACACUGUCUUACUCAGUGGUUCUCUGUAAAAUUAUAAUAGUAGCACUUUUGAAGACUUCUCAGGGUAGAAACUUUAUGAUCAAUGUGGAAGGAACAUCCUAUUUUAUUAUCAAUCACCAGUUCAUUUCCAGUGCUCUCCAAAGUAAUGACCAUUUAUUUAUAAGCUUUUGUUCAGAUCGCUUAAUGAGGGAAAAUAUUAUCUACGCAAAAUGUGUUAAAGUAUUCUCUUAUAAAGCUACUCUUUUAUUCUUGCCUGUCACACAGUAGCUGAACACAUCAAAAGUCUUGUAUACUAAAGUAUAAAUACUGAUUUUAGAAUAUAGUCAAGAAACUAGGACUGCAACUAACUUUAACUUCUUCAAAUACUUGGUUAAUCAUUUAUAAAGUGCCAAUUUACUAGAGCUGGAGGAGAUAUAUUAAAAUUUUAAAAGCUUGUGCGGCUCAACCAGAAGUCUGAAAUAUCUCAAAGACUAUUGGAUGGAUUGUGGUGAAGAUCUGUUCCCAGAGGACAGAAACCACUGAUUUUUCCAUAUAGUGCCACCAGUCAGCCAGAUGUGGUGAAAUAUCUCAACAUCUACAACAUCUUGAUUAAACUUGGUAGAGAUAUUAAUGGUUCCUAGUCAAUGAAUGCAAAUGGCCAACCUACAUUGCCCUCAAGCACCACCAUGAGGUUUUGAACAACUAUUGGAUGAAUUGCUACGUACGUUGGGACACACAUUCAUAUUCCCCUGAGUUAAUUGUAAUAACUUUAGUGAUUCGCUGAUGUUUCUUAACAACAUCAUUAGUGAAACUUCUUAUUUGCCUAAUACUUAGGUUUUACAAUAAAUAAGCAUCAGUAUGUUAGCAUUGUUUUUGUGAGCAUGUUAGCAUGCUGAAAUUAGCAAGUAGCUCAAAGCCUAGUUGUGCUUAAACCUGCUACGAGGAGUUUGUAACUGGUUAUGAAACAGUCUAAUAAUUGAAUACUGAUGCCUUUAUAUGACAUACAUAAGCACAGGAGACUGUCCGUUUAGCCGAAGAUUGGCUAUUUCUAUGUAGUUAUUAAUGCCUGCCUCCAGGGCAGAUCUCCUCAAAAUCAAUGACACAAGUUGGUAGAAACAUUACCACUUUUGUCCACAGGGGCCGCCAGAAUCAACACAAAAAGAAAGUUCCUUGAAGGGGCUUUAAGUACAGUCACACAGAUCCACCAGCAUGGUUGUAGACUCUUCAGUGUUGUUGCUCAAUGAAUGAGAACCAGUUAAUUGAAAGAAAAUAGUCUGCAGUUUAUUUUCUGUUGAUCGACUAAUUGAUUCUCAGCACAAGUACAAGUAGUUAGUUACUUUCCACCUGUGGUUGUCAGAAAAAAAAAAAACCUAGACAGAAUACAAUUUAGAUUAGCUUCAAUGUAAAUUUACAUAGCACUGUAUCAGUGUGAUAAUAGAAACUGCAUGGUAUUAGAUACAACAGAGGUAGAAGAACAAAGAGUGUGUAAAGCACUGAUAAUGACUUUAAAUUCAGAAGAAGUGUGAUUUUAAGUGCGUUCCCAGGAACCCUGAGAUGGGGGCUGUGUGUUAUAGAGUGAGUCAGCACUGAGGCGAGCUGCCUUCAUCUCAGGGGGAGCCUAAUAAUGAGUCAGUGACAGUCACCUUGUCCCUGUUGCCCAGGGCUCUGCGAUCCACCAUCCUGUGAUGAAUCACACAAUUCACAAAAAACCAUUCUCAAGUUAAAACCUCUUUUCAUGUGGAAUGCCAAUUUUGUCUGCUUGUCCUUGGCAAACCCUCUGCUCAGAGCUCUCAGAGCCAAACAGUUUUACACUGCACAAUUAUAGUAAUAACACAUGGUGUUCACUGUACAACAUACGUUAGAUCAGAUGCUUGUGCAAUACCUGAUUACUGAAGAAACUCUUGAUGUACAGCAUGUACUAUCUCUAUUGUGUCUGGUUUCCAAGCAUCAAACUCACUGUGUUCAAGCCUAUUUUGUCCCAAAUGUGUUACAGGAAUAUUUUGAAAUAAACACACAAGUUUCCAUA